GGGGAUUUCUCUUCAUUUAGUCCUGUUCUUCCAUACAACCGCCAUCAAUGAAUAAUUGCUUUUCAGUACUAUUGGAUCUUUAAGAAGUCUUUAAGAUUCCUGAAUCGUGUGUACCUUACAGUGUUUAGAAUAUGCGUUUUCUUUGUUCCCUCGAUUCCCGGAUAAGUGGCUCUACUGUCCGCGUUUCGACAUGGCUGACAAUGCGUCUUGUUGGAUUUGCUUUUGUCAUGGCCAUUGCGCACGGGCAGGUCCGUUAUUCAAUUCCCGAGGAAAUGAACAAGGGAUCGUUUGUAGGAAAUAUCGUUCAGGAUCUCGGUUUGGAUGUUAAGAGACUGAAAGCUGGUCGAUCGCGGAUCUUUACGGAGGACAGUCGUGAGUACAUCGGUCUGAAUGUGGAUAAAGGCACUCUGGUAGUGAGAGAGAGGAUAGAUAGAGAGGAGCUGUGCGCUCAAGUGUCUCCUUGCUCGAUACAUUUUCAGAUUAUUUUAGAAAACCCAGUGGAGCUUCAUCGAAUUGAUGCUGAAAUCUUGGAUAUCAAUGAUCAUGCACCUGCUUUCGUCAGAAAAGAAAUCAGCGUUGAAAUAGCAGAAUCUGUUGCCUCUGGUGCACGGUUUUCUUUAGACAGCGCGCAUGAUCCCGACGUUGGACUGAAUACAUUGCAGAGAUACACUCUUAAUCCAACAGAUUAUUUCACUUUAAAAGAAUUAUCUCGUAGCGACGGCACAAAAUAUGUUGAGAUGGUUUUAAAAACACCUUUAGACAGAGAAGAACAAGAACAGCAUAAUUUAAUUUUGACAGCAUUUGAUGGUGGAACUCCUCAGAAAUCAGGAACAGUUAAAAUAACUGUCACUGUUCUUGAUGCAAACGACAAUUCUCCUGUGUUCAGUCAGCCAAUAUACCGAGUGUCUUUGUCAGAAAAUAUUCCGAGAGAUAGUUUAGUAGUGACAGUCAGUGCUACAGACAAGGAUAAAGGUUCUAAUAGCGAGAUUGCCUAUUCAUUUUCACAAAGUACCGGAAUAGAGGCCAUGGAUUUGUUUACAAUUGAUUCGGAUAACGGAAAAAUAACAGUCAAAGGUGUCUUAGAUUUCGAAAAAUCUAAACAGUAUGAACUGAAUGUCGAGGCGGUUGAUAAGGGCGGACAAGCUGAUACCAGUAAAGUAUUCAUUGAAAUUAUUGAUGUUAAUGAUAAUUAUCCUGUUAUUAGUGUUAUCUCAUUUUCUAACGCGAUUCCAGAGGAUUCUGUUCCGGACUCUGUUAUAUCAAUACUAAACAUUAAAGACACAGACUCCGGGAAAAACGGACAAAUUAAAUGCUCAAUGAAUUCAGAUCUGCCGUUUCGCAUCAAAUUAACAUCCUCUAAUUUUUAUACUUUAGUCACUGACCGUAUUUUAGACCGUGAAAUGAUUUCGGAAUACAAUAUAACGAUCACAGCUACAGAUGAAGGUUCUCCAUCUUUAUCUACAAACAAAACAUUGAUGCUUAAAAUAUCCGAUGUAAACGACAAUGCCCCUGUUUUCCAGCGUCACUCAUACACCGCUUAUGUGAUGGAAAAUAAUUCACCUGGAGUGUUUAUAUUUGCAGUGACAGCAACUGACAGAGACUCUGGGAAUAAUGCGCGCAUUUCAUAUUUUUUAGAAGAUCUUUCUGUGAACGGAGUUUCUGCUUCGUCUUACAUUUCAGUUAACGCAGAGAGUGGAGAGAUUCUUGCUAUUCGGUCUUUCGAUUUCGAGCAAACAAAAGAGUUCAAUAUUCGCGUAAAAGCGCAGGACGGAGGCAACCCCCCUCUCAGUAGCAACGUGAGUGUAAAAAUUAUUAUUCAGGACCAGAAUGACAACGCGCCUCAGAUUCUGUAUCCAGUACAAACUGGUGGCUCUGUGGUGGCUGAAAUGGUGCCUCGUUCAGCAGAUGUGGGAUAUCUUGUCACUAAAGUGGUGGCUGUGGAUGUGGACUCAGGGCAGAAUGCAUGGCUCUCAUAUAAACUACUCAAAGCGACAGACAGAGCGCUGUUUGAAGUGGGCUUACAGAAUGGAGAAAUAAGAACUGUGCGCCAAGUCACUGAUAAAGAUGCUGUGAAACAGAAGCUCACUGUUGUAGUGGAGGACAACGGACAGCCCUCUCGUUCAGCUACAGUCAAUGUUAACGUGGUGGUGGCGGACACUUUCCCUGAAGUGCUCUCCGAGUUCACUGACUCUACGCACGAGAAGGAAUACAACGACAACCUGACAUUUUAUCUAGUCUUGGCCUUGGCUGUAGUUUCUUUUCUCUUUAUCGUCUCCAUCAUAGCUAUACUGUCAGUGAAAUGCUACAGAUGGAGACGUGAGCGGAUGUUUUACAAAUCCGGUGCCAAUCUUCCAGUUAUUCCGUAUUAUCCACCCCUUUAUGCAGACGUAGGAGGAACAGGAACUUUACAGCAUAUGUACAAUUAUGAAGCUUACAGAACCACUGACUCUAGAAAGAGUGAUUUGAAAUAUUCCAGACCUCCUACUGAGAGCAUCAUUAGUCUGGACAGCAGUGGAGCACAGACACUAACACUUGCGCAGAGCAUGAAAACUUAUGACGACUCUGAUCAGGUAAGAUUUAUUACUGAAAUAGAUGUACACAUUAGCUUUUUACUGUUUAUUUGAUUUCCUGUUUAGUAG